UGCGUCUUCGUAUGCAUCGAAAACGAAACUAGGAGUUUGGAAAAGGGUCAGUUGAGGAAUGAUUUGGCGUAAUGGCUGAAGGAGGCGACGUUACAUCAAUCAAAGACGGAUCAGAUGCUCGCUUUGAUAUUGUCUGUACUCCGUGUGGAGAAGGCGACGUCAGAGAAGAAGCUGUCAAAUAUUGCCCUGACGGCCAGGAGUAUCUAUGUACAACGUGUACGAUACAUCAUGGUCGUCAGAAGGCUACACGCUCUCAUAAGCUACUAGACAGAGAUACUGCCAAGCAAGGGUUGGUGUCUGCUGUGACAACAAAAUGCCGUUACCAUCCAGACCGAAAUAUCGAGAUGUACUGUGCAGGGCACGACAUGGUUUAUUGUUUGAAGUGUAUAGCAACUGAUCAUAGGGCCUGCAGUGGAGUGACUGGUAUAGAAGAAAUAAAGACAUCGUCUAUUCAACAAAACGUGGUAGAGCGUUUACAGAAUGACAUGAGAAACAUUCAAGAGCGUUUAGCAGACACUGAUAAGAAGACACAGAAAAACAUUGACUGUCUUGAAGAGCAAAGAGAUGAAAUACUUACAAAAAUCGAGGAAGUCGAGCGGAGCUUCAUAGAACAUAUCCGGAAAUUAAAACGUGAAGCCAUAGAUACUUUGAACAAGGACUAUACUUCGGUCAAGGAAGAACUGAAGUCUGAUAUCACCUUGAUCGGAACUAUCAAAAAGGAAAUAGAGAAUGCAAGUAGCCAGUUGCGGACAUUUACCAGUAUGGAUGCGGUACAGCAAUUUGUUCAGAUGAAACUGAUACAAAAGACUGUAAAUGAUGCAGUAAAAUUGGUCGAAGACAGCGAGGCAAAAGAUAGUAAAGCUUUAUGUUUUACAGAAAAUACAGAUUUAAAGAAUUCAAUGAUGACAGCAACAUCUUUAGGACAUGUGAAUACAGAAACAGAAAAUGAUCCUCAAACUGCCCAAAGAGUAUAUACGGUAAAAUCAAAGAAGGAGAUCAAUAUCAAGAUGCAAAACGACCGUAACACGUGUCAUAUAAGUGAUGUAUGUCAGCUACAGGACGGUACGAUCAUACUGGCUGACUGGAAUAAUUAUAAGAUUAAGAGGCUUGAUAUGAAUUACAACAUCAAGGAUCACUGUGACCUAGGUAACUAUCUCAGUGGUAUCUGUUGUACUGGUCAGAAUGAAGUCUCUGUGAAAAUGAACAACAACAAGGUCCUGUUUAUAUCAGUCGGCAGUUCAUUGUCUAGGGUGAGAGAUAUAUCUGUAGCAGGUGGAGGCUAUUGGGGAAUGGCUUACUGUGCUGGAGAGCUGUGGAUAUCUACCGGAAGUGGUGUCAAUGUUUACAGAACAUCCGGUACUUUAGUGAAGACUAUUGACAAAGAUAUCAAUGGUCGGGGGAUAUUAAAGGCAUCUACUCAACAUACGGCUGUCAGUGGGGAAACUGUUAUCGUAACAGACAACAGUGAUGGAGCCGUCUGUCUGGGAAGAGAUUAUACGGUAAAAAGACAAUUGCGGGACAAAAGUCUUGUCAGCACAGGAGGUGUGUGUGUAUCUAGUGAUGGAACCGUUUUCCUGUCUGGAUUCAGUUCAAAAAACAUUGUGAUGUUUGAUAAGAAUGGGAAAUGCCUCGGAGAGUUAGUAGCAAAAGACGCUGGUCUGGGGAAUCCAAUCGCGUUGCAUUAUGACGACAAAAGGAAAUGUUUAAUUGUAACAUGUCAAUCGUCUGUCAAAAUAGUUAUGUUUGAUAUAUCCGCUUAGUCUUCAUGUCUAUUUGUACUUUUAUAGAAGCAAAUAAGAGCUUAUUAUACGGAAAACCGAAAUUGUAAUAUCAUAGAUGUAAUACUCAAAGAUAUAUCAUCUAAAUGAAUUAUUUAGACAGUGUUUUAUAAAAUAGAUAAGAUAUAUUAAAAACAAGAUUGAUUCCGGGUAAAAACAGAAACAUCAUUAUCUUGUCUCGUUCUCGCUUUAAAAAAUACAAUUAAAUAUGAGUUUGAUUACGUUAAGUAUAUUUCUAAAUGUCUUGAAUCAACGAAAAUGGAUUUAAAUACAAUACUUGGAAACGAGUUAAAACGCACCAUCCAUAUAUUGUUAAGUUUUAAUUCUUGCAAAUUUAAUGCAAAUAGUUUGAUAUUUUAUUUAUGAUUAUUCAUUAAAUCCAACCUAAAACGU